AUGGUCAAAAUGCCGCAUGCAGCAAUCUACGACAGCGCCGAACGAUUCUGUUGCCUUAUUGCCAGGGAAGUCGGAAGAGCAGGAUCUAGGAAGGGGACCGUGAUUUCCCUCAACUCGCGCAUGCAAAGCUGCUGCCUUUUUCAAGGUUUUCAAUGCCUUCUGGCAAAGACACCUGGAGCUCGACAGGACUCUGGUCGGCCUCAGUGGCAUUGGGAUAAGCUGCGCUAUCCUUCAUCGAUCGGCCUCCUGACCUUGGCCACGGACAGAGGUAGCUCUGCCUGUGCUCCCAAUCAAACCAUUGGGUCAACUGCAGAAAGCUUGGCAGCAGAUGGCUUUGCAGGCACUGAUUGCGUAACCUGA